AUGCAGCCCACCGAGCCCUGGAGCCCCGGGUGGGCGCCGGCGUCCUGGGACUACUCGGGCUCGGGCGCGCUGGCCGAGCUGGAGCUGUGCCCCUCCGGCGACCUGCCCUACGGCUACGCCUACAUCCCCGCGCUCUACCUGGCGGCCUUCGCCGUGGGCCUGCUGGGCAACGGCUUCGUGGUGUGCCUGCUGGCCGGGCGGCGCGGCCCGCGGCGGCUCGUGGACACCUUCGUGCUGCACCUGGCGGCCGCCGACCUGGGCCUGGUGCUCACGCUGCCGCUGUGGGCCGCGGCGGCGGCGCGCGGGGGCCGCUGGCCCUUCGGCGAGGGCCUCUGCAAGCUGAGCAGCUUCGCGCUGGCCGCGUCGCGCUGCGCGGGCGCGCUGCUGCUGGCCGGCCUGAGCGUCGAUCGCUACCUGGCCGUGGUCAGGCUGCUGGACGCGCGGCCGCUGCGCACUCGGCGCUGCGCGCUGGCCGCUUGCUGCGGCGUGUGGGCGGCGGCGCUGCUGGCCGGCCUGCCGGCGCUCGUCUACCGCGGGCUGCAGCCGCUGCCCGGCGGCGGAGGCAGCCAGUGCGGGGAGGAGCCCUCGGACGCCUUCCAGGGCCUCGGCCUGCUGCUCCUGCUGCUCACCUUCGUGCUGCCGCUGGCCGUCUCCGUCUUCUGCUACUGCAGCGUCUCGCGCCGCCUGCGCAGGCCGCCGCACGUGGGCCGCGCCCGCAGCAACUCGCUGCGCAUCAUCUUCGCCGUGGAGAGCACCUUCGUGGGCUCCUGGCUGCCUUUCGGCGCCCUGCGGGCCGUCUUCCACCUGGCGCGCCUGGGGGCGCUGCCGCUGCCCUGCCCUCUGCUGCUGGCGCUACGCUGGGGCCUCGCCGUCGCCACCUGCCUGGUCUUCGUCAACAGCUGCGCCAACCCGGUCAUCUACCUCCUGCUGGACCGCUCCUUCCGCGCCCGGGCCCGGCACGGGCUGUGCCGGCGCGCGGGCCUCGGGGGGCGCAGGGUCAGCUCGGCCUCCUCGCUCUCCAGGGACGACAGCCCGGUGUUCUGGGGCCGGCCGCACGGCGCCAACACCCUCUCGUGCGUCCUGUAG